AUGCCCAAAAAUGACUGCUCAUCUGUAAUCUUGUGAACGAUAUACCAGCUUGGUCUAAUCAUGUGAUAUUUGUGGUCUUCGUGAUGGGGCUAAGACUGUACAAACACAUGUGAUUCGUAGCAUCGCCUGAGGAUCUUCUCCUUGCCACACCCCCAGCUUUGCCCCUCCACAAUCCAUUCCACCUAUUUGCCGCUGCUGUACUCAUCGCAACGCUGCUGAGUAAUUCGGGAGCUGGAUUUUGUGGCUACUGAAAAUUUUGUGAAAUUGGGUUCAGAGCCCAGGGCGAUGGCGAUGACGGUGGAUGCACGAGUGUCCAGGACGAGGCCUGUGGCUAGAAGUGCACCCGUUGUGCGGUCGUGGACGGUUUCGAACUGCAGCUCGCCUUGCCUGGUGAGUGUGAAACUGCGUGCUCUGCUGGUGUUUCGAGGCCUCAGGAUUGAGUCGACCAGGACGACCCUCACAUCUCAUUCUUCAUCUCGAGGCUCCGCUCGUUCGCAAAGGAAAGGAAUUGUGUGCGAAGCUCAGAAAACGGUAACUGGAGUUCAUAAGGAUUCAUGCGUAGUCAUAUUCAACUCACAGAACGAGUCGUCCAUCUACCCCAGAGGACAGUCACCUCACCGCACACCAUGCAUUGUGGCUUCUCCUGCUUGCUAACCAUGCUGUGGGUGUCGCUUGAUCACAACAUAGUGACACCAUUCACAGUAACAGUCUGCGAGGUCGAUGAAUCUCAAAGCGGACGAACUCAUGACCACUGGGCCUGUUGCAUCGAUGUUUCUGCAGUGGCUAGAGCCGUGACCGAAGCGACGUGGACAGAGCUAGUGUUGAAUUGCGACACCCCAGUGUUGGUGGAUUUCUGGGCCCCGUGGUGCGGGCCGUGCCGCAUGAUUGCUCCUAUGAUUGACGAGAUAGCAAAGCAGUAUGCGGGCAAAGUGCGGUGCCUGAAGCUGAACACGGACGAGAGCCCGGACAUUGCAACCAAGUACGGGAUUCGAUCCAUUCCGACGGUGUUGGUGUUCACGAGGGGAGAGAAGAGGGACAGCGUGGUCGGGGCGGUGCCCAAGAGCACGCUCACCAGCACCAUCGACAAGUAUAUCUCAUGGUAGUAGCACCGUAAAGCAAAGCCAACACGAGCUCCAGAGGAAGAAGACGACGACGAUGAAGACGAAGCCCUUCGUUCGCUCGUUCGUUCGUCGCUCUGUCCAUCGAUCCUGCAACCGUUCGUUCGUGCAUGAGUUCGUUCGUCGAUAGAGCACUGCAUCGUUCGUUCGAAGGCUCUCGUAACUUUUGUAAAUUUGAACAGUCUUUGAAGCUUGAAGCUUUUGGUUAUGACAGGCUCCUCUUGUGGCCACACGAAAGAAAUUUGCCCCAUGACCACAUAAUUCAAGCCUGCGUGAUCUUUACUUUUAUUUUUUGAUAUUUAAGUAUGUGCUUUGAUUUUUGAAAAAAAAUAUUCAUUUUUUAUGUCAUACAAUUUUUGAAGAAUUAAUGGUAUGUUACACAAGCUUCAAUAAAUGUGGAUUUCUUUUUA